AUGGCGGCACCUUUCAGCACGUUCCGCAAUGGAUCUGGCUCUCGAGGCGUGGGUGAGUCGCUUAUCCUCAAGCGACGACAACGAGAAGACCAUCUUGCCAACUUGACGACGUCCGUCAAGGAUGUUUCGAGACUCAACGCUCGUGCCGAGUGGGAAGACACGCUGCACGAUAAAGGAGAGAAGAAACAGGUACUACGAGCGGUCACACAACUGAAGAAUCAGCAUGAAUCGCAGCUUCACUCGAGGAGAUUGAGACUCGCUGAGUUUUACAAUCGAGAGAUGGAAGAGUGGAGAGACGAGUGUCUGGCCAACGUUGAGACCCCAGAGGACAGAAAACAAAAUAUGAUUCAACGUGCUCUGGCGCUGAAAGAACGGCGAGAAAAAGAGCGACUAGCCAUUGUGGAACAAAAACGGAUGCAGCAAUAUCGUGAGUCUUGCGACGAUAUCCGUGUGGAAGACUCGAAUAAAGUUCAACAGAUCGUGCUAAAUGAUCGCGACAAGCAACUCGAAGAGAAAACGAGGGCUGCAGAGCAAGAGCGCGAGUUCGAGCUCAGAAUGGCGCAACUCUGGGAGGAAGAUCGACUGAAGAAAGAGGAACGCGAUCGUAGAGACGCUGAAAUGGCUAUCAAACGCAACGAAGAGAUGAAGAACAUUCUGGAUCUACAGGUCGAUCUCGUACAGAAGCGAAAGACCGAGCUAGAAGAGCGUAAGCGAAGAGAAGAUUGCGACCAACUCGGCGAGUGGGGACGUCUGAAACAAGUGGAAGAAGAUUUAGAACAACGCAAUCGUGAUAAGGAGAUCAUGAGAGCGUUAGAUGUCAAGAAGUUCAACCAAGAGAGAGUAGAGGCGAAUCGCUUGGCGUCCGAGAGAGAGCGACUGUACGACCAACGCUUAUUGGAGCAGGUGCUGGCUCAAGAAGCAGAGACGCAGCGUCGGGAGCGAGAGCUACAAGAUAGAUUCCGCCUAGAUCAGCUCGACUAUCAGCGAAUGCUCAAGCGCCAAAUGGAGACUGAAGCGGAAGAUCUCUCGUAUCUGGAUAAAAUCCGCAAUGACAUGGAAGACCAAGUGUGGGCGAAGCGUGACGCCCAGCAUAACGCAGAGGAAGCUGCUCGUCAGGAACUACUGCGCCAGGUUCUAAUCUCUCGCACUAGCCAGAUGGAUAGCAAACGAGCGAAUAAAAUCCAAGCCAAAGAAGAAGACACGGCGUAUAUGAACCAGAUCAAGCGCGACGCAGAGGAAGCGCUGCAAAAAGAGCUCCGUGAACAGGAAGAACGUCGUGAAGAACUCAAGCGGACGCAGUCAGAUGUACUACGUCAGCACGAAGAAAGGAGACUUCAAGAAGAUCAGAACAAGCAGGCCGAGUUUCUAGAACUCAAGCGCAUGCAGUUCGCCGAGAAGCAGCACAAGGAGCGCAUCAAGCAGUUCUCUAGUCACAUGCCCACCACCAACUUCCGUCGCAAAGCUGCUCAAUGGUACUUCGACGCGUAA